CGGUCCACCCGAUUUGACAGGUGAAUAUGAAAUACACCAAAGAGACCUACCAGGCUAACUGUAUCCUGGACGGCGUUGCUUUUCCCAUCGCCGCCUUCUCAUGAUAUCCGAACCUUUCCCCGGAAAAAGCCAUCGUCUUCAUUAGCUUACCAAUCAACAAUCCAGUCAUGGCGUUUAGUUCCGUCACUCAAACCCUAGACCCAUGCCAACACACCUCAGAAUCCCCAGCCGACAACCCUGACGACCACAUCUGCUCCGAAACAACAAACCCCUUUUCUCCAGAGUCAGUAGCGAAUCACGAAUCUUCAUUGUUGGAUAAUCCGAAUGGCUACAUGACAACAGAUGCCAGAAUCGAGAGAGCGUGGGCACAUUGGAAGAAGCUCGGUGAACCCAAGCUAAUUGUAGCACCGAUGGUCGAUAACUCGGAGCUUCCUUUCCGAUUAUUAUGUCGGAAAUACGGCGCUGAAGCUGCUUACACUCCUAUGCUUCACUCUCGUAUCUUCAGUGAGAACGAGAAGUAUCGAUCUCAGGAAUUCACUACCUGCAAGGAAGAUCGGCCAUUGUUUGUUCAAUUUUGUGCGAAUGAUCCAGACACUUUACUGGAAGCAGCACGAAAGGUGGAGCCUUAUUGUGAUUACGUUGACAUUAAUUUGGGGUGCCCACAACGUAUUGCCAAACGAGGAAACUACGGAGCAUUCCUAAUGGAAAAACUCCCUCUCGUGAAAUCCUUAGUUGAAAAAUUAGCUCUUAACCUAAAUGUCCCCGUAUCUUGCAAAAUCCGACUCUUCCCAAACUUACAAGACACUUUAAACUACGCAAAAAUGUUGGAAAAUGCCGGAUGUGCCCUUUUAGCAGUACACGGACGCACCCGUGACGAAAAAGACGGGAAAAAAAUCCGCGCAAAUUGGGACGCGAUUCGGGCGGUUAAAAACGCGCUUCGAAUACCUGUUCUCGCAAACGGAAAUAUCCGCCACAUGGACGAUGUGACACGUUGUUUGGAAGAGACGGGUGUUGAUGGGGUGCUUUCAGCUGAAACCCUACUAGAAAACCCUGCGUUGUUUGCAGGGUUUAGGACCUUUGAUUGGGUAUCCGACGGUGGAGAUGGGAUUCGUGACGCGAAGUUAGAUCAAGCGGAUUUGGUUGUUGAGUAUUUGAAGUUAUGUGAGAAAUACCCGGUGCCAUGGAGGAUGAUUAGGGCUCAUGUUCAUAAGAUGUUAGGAGAAUGGUUUAGGGUUCAUCCGCAUGUGAGAGCCGAUUUUAAUGCUCAAUCGAUUCUUAGCUUUGAGUUUCUUUAUGGUAUGGUUGAUCGGCUUCGAGAACUUGGUGUUUCGAGGCCACUUUAUGUCAAGGACACUGCCUAGACUAGACAGUCUAGACAGAACGUGAUAGUCUUGUACUGUGUUUUUGUACUUGUACUGUGUUUGGUGUGCACUAAACAUUUAAACUAGAACUGCGACUCAUGUCAAUAGGACAAAAGUUGUAUUCUUUGUCCCCACUAAAAAAUAUGAAACAAUGUGGGACGUUCAAAAUAACCCUAGAAAACUUGUCUAAUCUGCGAUAAUACAAUGAGAACUAGUAUUUAUGUUAUAUUAUGUUUUUUGGUAUCGGAUAAAAGAUUGUUAUUUCGUGUUUUACUGAUUAUCAAAUUUGUUGUAAAUGAUGAAAGAUCUAUGUACUACAAAUGUUUCUUGAUUACAAAGGGUAGAACCGCAUUUUAUGGAGAGCCCUUUGAUGCAUUAUGAGAAAAUGACACGAUUAAUCAAAUUUUUACGCCUCUUUAUGUCAAAUAAAAUGUUCGAGCCAGAGCGGUGGUCUGCCAUCUGCCGCCUAGGAUGCCGCCGGAUGGCUGUUACAAAACUGGUUUCUGCCGCCUUGGUCCACCACUCUCUCCACCACAAAAUGAGCCAACAAAUCAUUAGAAGACUUGAUCAAAUUCUCUUUACAUAAAAACUCUUCACUAGACACUCUUUCAACUUCUCUAUUGUAAUCAUGCACAAAAACAUGUGUUUUAUGGUUGCCACCUUUUUUGCUCCGGGCAAGUACACCGGCGGUGAAGAUGGCUGAUAUACUCCCUGGGCCCUCCGGCCAAUAUCCACGUGGACCAUCCACUAAAAUCACAUCCCAAUCCAAUUCAUAUAAUUGAUUAGGAAGAUCAUUUAAUCCAAUUUUACAAUCAGAAAAUAAAAGAUUUUGCACCGGUCGACAUUCGUUACGUGUUUGUUCUCGAACGGAAGUGAUAAGUUCUUUAAGUUCACUUAUUUUUGUGGUGUAUUGAACAUCAUAAGCUUCAAUCUCCGGGAACUUCUCCUCCACGUAGGCGGCAUAGUAGCGGUUUUCGUCAAUGAACACCGUCCGUCCGUGGUGGUUCAAGGCGUUCCAGAGGAGGGUCUCUGGCGUUAGCCCGAAUACAAGGAGGUUACACGGGGUGGUGCAUUGUUUUAAGACAUCGGAGAUUUGUUUGAUGUCAGUUUGUGACAUGUGAUUUGUGGUGUUGGCGGUGGCAGCAUAGUGGAUGAGGGCUUUGAUCACCGAUUUGGGAAGUGGUUCGUGGUGGUGGUGGUGGUUGGUGGCGGUGGCGGUGAUGGUCGUGGUGGUGGUGGUGGUUGUGUGGAAGGAUUCACGGGUGUAGACUAGGGUUAGCAGGGAGGCUAUGGUGAACACCGAGACGAGAGCGAUUAGCCAGAGGCGAUUUGGAUUUGUUUGUUUUUGGAUGUAAGGAUGAAGAAGAAUGAGCUUUGUGUUGCCAUUGUUAAUGAUGUUUUUCAUUAUGUGUGUG